AUGACACUGCAGUUGAAAUAUAUAGAAUUAAAUGAAAAUUUAGGAUUAAAGAAUGAAACCAAGGAAGAAUGGGAUGAUGACUUUGAAUUUGAUAAGAAAUCGAUUAGAAUAAAUGAGAAUACUAAAAACUCCGAAUGGGAUGAGGAUAUACAGAAGUCUGAUUACACUCAAUCAACUCUAUUCGAUAGCAAUUCAACUAAAUCGAAUUCAUUGAAAUCUUUAAUUGAAAACAAUCAACCACCUACGAAGCAUAGCUCACUCACUCCACCUCCCACUUAUACACACAAACACACACGUUUAAGAAGAAAUAGUCUAAGUGACCUACGCAUUCCACAACGCGUCAAAGCAGCUCAACAAGGCUUGAGAGUUCAAUUGGGCUCUGUACGUGAAUUCGCUAAAGGUGUGGAUGAAUUGAGACAAUUGAGCAACACACUGGAAUCUAUUAAGAAUAAAAUACCUUGGCCAUCAAUUGAAAUACCCGCUCAAUUAAAAGAUGAAUGCACUUCUCUUGAUUCAAUUUACUCAAAUUCCUGGGAUUCUGCUAAUGUUCUCAUUCAACUCGCUUCUGGUUCUGGCGUUGUGCCUAUCGAUAAUAACGAUAACAACAACUCAGACCUUCCACGUUCACUAUCCACUUCACCUGCUCAUCUCAACUCUUUCUCUGAUCAUCACAACAACCGGACACACUCACAUAAAGCAGGUGACAGCCUCAAUGAUAGACAACUCGAUAUACUCAAAACUAUGCUUCAGUCUUCUCCAUCCAAAAACUUAGACACAAACACCAAAACCAAAACAAACUCAGACUCCCCUCCAUCCACUCCCCUCACACGCAAAACACAUCCUUCCAAACUUCGUAGAGCCUCCCGAGCCGGACUGAACAGCUUCAAAGAUUUCUUCAAACAGUUUGUCGGUUCAGGUUCGGAUUCAAUGGAGACGCCGACGCCGUCGCCUACACCGACACCGACAACAGCACAGAAAUCGACGAAAGAUACGAGACGGGAGCAGCGGGAGCAGAAUAUCAGAGUAUCCCAAGAAAAUUUGGCAUUUCCAUCCACACCGCCUGAAGAAACGGACACACCAAUUCAGAUACCACAGAAGAUGCAUAGAAAAAGACCGUCUAUCGCUCAACUAUUCACACGCAAAGCUUCUUCUGUCUCUUUACAACGCAAGCCGUCGUUUGAUUCGACGAGACCUUCUGUCACUCUGAGAGAGAACACUAUACCACAGCGAGAAGGAGAGACAGGAGAGGCAGACGCAGCAAACACAAGAGACAAAAAGAACUUGCCGAAAGAGCAAGUCACUCCAUUACAGACGCCGACAAAACCCAAACGACUCACUCACGAAUCACGCUCAUAUUCAGAAAACUUGUCUACACCAAAAGCGAGAAUUAGCUCGUAUAGAGAAAAAGAAAUAGAAAGAGAGAAAGAGAAUGCGAAGAUGAUAUCAACACCGACACAUAACCACAUUGAGAAUGAUCAAUCUGAUCAAAGCGACGACUGUAAAUUGCAGUUAACACCUGAUGCUCUACCACAGUUACUCGGUCAUUUGCGUAACGUAAAAGCUAUUUGUCAAGAGUCGCUCGAUCAAUGGAUUAAUAUACCUACGGCCAAGUAG